CUCCCGGAAGUCCGGGCGCGGCGCGCCGGCUCGGGGCAGCAUGGGGCUGUACGCGGCCGCGGCGUCCGUGCUGGCCGGGGUGGACAGCCGCCAGGGUUCCGCCAAGGGGCUGGUGUACGCCAGCGGCUUCCAGAACGUGAAGCAGCUGUACGCGCUGGUGUGCGAGACGCAGCGCUACUCCGCCGUGCUGGACGCCGUGAUCGCCAGCGCCGGCCUGCUCCGCGCCGAGAAGAAGCUGCGGCCGCACCUGGCCAAGGUGCUGGUGUAUGAGUUGUUGCUGGGCAAGGGUUUCCGCGGGGGUGGCGGCCGAUGGAAGUCUCUGCUGCGGAGGCACCAAGCACGGCUCAAGGCCGAGCUGGCCAGGCUGAAGGUCCGGCGGGGCGUGAGCAGGAAUGAGGACCUAGUGGCCGCUGGGGGGUCCCAGCCUGGAGCAGCCUCGCAGGUGCCGCGGUUUGUGCGCGUGAACACCCUCAAGACCCACACUGAAGAUGCGGUGGAUUACUUCAAAAGACAAGGCUUCUCCUACCAGGGUCGGGCCUCUGGCCUCGACGACUUGAGGACUCUGCAGGGGAAAUGCUUCCUCCUGGACUCCCUGCUGCCUGAGCUGCUGGUGUUCCCUGCCCACACAGACCUGCACCAGCACCCGCUCUACCAGGCUGGCCACCUCAUCCUCCAGGACAAGGCCAGCUGCCUCCCAGCCACGCUGCUGGCUCCCCCGCCGGGGUCCCACGUCAUUGAUGCCUGUGCCGCCCCUGGCAAUAAGACCAGUCACUUGGCAGCUCUUAUGAAGAACCAAGGGAAGAUCUUUGCUUUCGACCAUGAUGCCAAGCGGCUGGCAUCCAUGGGCACGCUGCUGGCCCGGGCUGGUGUGUCCUGCUGCGAGCUAGCCGAGAAGGACUUCCUGACGGUCUCGCCCUCCGACGAGCGCUACCAGAAGGUCCAGUACAUCCUGCUGGACCCCUCCUGCAGUGGCUCCGGCAUGGUGACCCGACAGUUGGAGCAGCCCGGGGAGGGACCCCCCAGCAAGGAGCGCCUGCAGGCACUGGCGGGGUUCCAGCUGCGUGCCCUGUGCCACGCACUUGCCUUCCCUGCCCUGCAGCGCCUUGUCUACUCCACAUGCUCGCUGUGCCAGGAGGAAAAUGAGGACGUGGUACAAGCUGCCCUGGAGCAGAGUGCAGGCGCCUUCAGGCUGGCCCCCGCACUGCCUGCCUGGCCUCAGCGGGGCCUCAGCACGUUCCCAGAGGCCCACCAUUGCCUCCGCGCCUGCCCUGAGAGUACGCUCACUGGGGGCUUCUUUGUUGCUGUGUUCGAACGGGAAGAAGUGCCCAGGUGAGGGUGGGGUGCUGGGCAGGCAGGUGUGCA